AUUGUGAAUAUGGCAUAUCUAACUGCUCAAUUACAACAUACCAGAACAAUUACUUAAGAGUUACAAUAUUACACAGAGAGUUCAGAGAAAUUCUUUUUAAGAAGAAAUGGCAAAGUUUAUUGGUGUAACUAUUGGGUUUGUUUUGGUGGUUUUGUUGCAAUGUGCCGCAGCGCAGACGGUGCAUGUUGUGGGAGAUGGCAUAGGUUGGACUGUUCCAAGUAAUGGCCCUGCCGCCUACACUAAUUGGGCUACUGGCAAGAGUUUUGCUGUUGGGGAUAUCCUAUCAUUCAACUUCGCCACCACUGCACACGAUGUACUUCGAGUAUCAGAAGCAUCGUAUGAUGCAUGCAAUAAUGCAAACCCUAUAGGAGAUUUAAUCACCACUGGACCUGUUAACAUCACCCUCGACUCAACUGGCGAUCACUACUACAUUUGCACGUUCUCACAGCACUGUCAGUUAGGUCAAAAACUAGCAAUCACCGUCUCAUCUUCAGCUGGCACACCACCAGGCUCCUCUCCAGCUCCUUCCGUCACGCCAACAACACCUACCACUCCAACUACACCUUCGCCAACAAAUAAUGUCCCUGCUGCUGAUUGCCCCACGUCGGAUCCGCCAAGGGCAAGUGGCCCCGGGACCCAGAAUACUCCUGGGAGAUUGAGCCCCACUUCUCCUCCUGCAGCUCCAAGUUCUUCUUCUAAGGUGUUGGCUGGCGUGUUUAUAUCUGUAAUUGCUCUGAUAUUGAGUUUUAUGUUCUAAUCAUUUGAAUUUUCAGUGAUGUGAAAUAUGUAUUCAUUUGUUUGUCUGCAGUGAUACAAUAAAAAGCUUUGAAUGCUGCCUAGAUAGCUGUUUUUAUUUUUUAUUUUUUAUUUUAUGUUUCUUUUAAAUUUUAGUAGAGAGAGAGAGAGAGAGAGAGGGAAAUGGAAUUUCCAGUGGACGUAAUCCUUUUAUGGGAUAAUUGAAUUCUAGCGAUUGAUAUUUCAUUAUGCGGUUCAGUUUUUUUCUAAAAGUAAUUGUAUCCCAUUUAUUUAUAGGUUCCUCGCCCUUGUAAUUUUUUGUUGUAAUAAAAAAUGACUAUUUUUAUUUACA